CUCAGCAACCCAUUCUGCCGAGUCAGCUUUCCUUUAUCCAUCACCACUCCAUCCUCCCCUGUUUCUCUUAGUUGCUUUCUCUUUACAACCAAUGCACUUUUCCCUCUCCUGUUUACCCCUCCACUCUCCUCUAUCUUUUGUUUUAUGUCCGUCCCCUGGUCCCCCUCCCCUUCCCAUUCUGCAUUCUCCCUCUCUGUCCUGCAAAGAGACUCGGAGUCCAGAUGAAGGGAGGACAGAGCUGGAGCCAGAGCGCAUCCGUCAUUCAUCCCCACUCCCUCCCGCUUCCRUCCCUCCCGCCCUUCCCUGCCGCAGCUCUGAUCGCUGCUCUUCCCUGCGCUCGGAGAUGUGGAGCACAUACCGAGUGCUCGCUGCAGCCCAAAUAAUCCAGGUGGAGUGCRGCAGAAAGGGCUGACUUUUCCUAGAGAGAGGUGAAGGGCAACCCUUACUCUGUCUGCACUUUGUAGACUGCUAGUAAAACAAAAUCCAAACGGGACUGCCUGCACAUCGGAUGGGGUUCUGACAAUGAUGAUAGUACUUGCUGCUGUUGGACUUUAUUCUGCCASUCAGAAGACAUCCCAAAUUUUGCAUUCAGCAGAAUUUUGUUGAAUUUUUUUAACAUAGAGCUGAGUUGACACCGGAUUACCUGGGCUUUAAAUGUGAAAGGAAUUUGGUUGUGGAUUAGAAUGCUGAUGAGGAGAACUUGAGCUCCGGGACGUUAGCGCUCUGUAACAGGAGCAUGUGGACAUGUUUGGUUUCUCCAAGAAGCCAAAGCUGUCUGGCCAUAGAAACAAAACAGCUGGCUGGCCGCCACCUGGCCCAGGUUCCUGGGGAGGGCUGCAGGGGGCCCAAUACACUUGGGAGAGCAUGAACAACACCAGGGAUGCCCGGGAUUUCCUUACCAACCAAGGCUCCCAAAGCAGCUCCCUGGAGGAGGUCCAUCUGGAUGGUAACCCCCCCGCCCCUCGUCUGGUGGAGAUGAGACGGGAUCCGGUUUUGGGCUUUGGUUUUGUGGCUGGCAGUGAGAAACCAGUGGUGGUCCGAUCAGUCACACCAGGUGGUCCAUCAGAGGGGAAGCUGCUGCCUGGCGACGAGAUCAUCAUGAUCAACGAUGAAGCUGUCGGCUCGGCUCCCAGGGAACGAGUCAUCGAUCUCGUCAGGAGCUGCAAGGAAUCUAUCUUGUUGACUGUUGUGCAGCCGUAUCCUUCCCCUAAAUCAGCGUUUAUCAGCGCGGCCAAAAAAGCCAUGCUCAAGUCCAAUCCGGUCAAAGUGCGCUUUGCUGAGGAGGUCAUAAUAAACGGCCAGGUUCCAAACCCGGUGAAGGACAACUCUCUCCUGUUCAUGCCUAAUGUCCUGAAGGUGUACCUGGAAAACGGGCAGACAAAGUCUUUCCGCUUCGACAGCAGUACCUCCAUCAAGGAAGUGAUCCUGACCCUGCAGGAGAAGCUGUCGCUUCGAUGCAUCGAGCACUUCUCCCUGGUGUUGGAAGAGAAGACUGAAGGCUCUGGAAGUAAACUGCUUCUCCUGCAUGAACAGGAGAUGCUUACUCAGGUGACCCAGAGGCCCAGUUCGAACAAGAUGAAGUGUUUUUUUCGUAUCAGCUUCAUGCCCAGAGACCCAGUGGAGCUGCUCCGGAGGGACCCUGUGGCAUUUGAAUACCUCUAUGUCCAAAGUUGUAACGAUGUGGUUUUGGAGCGCUUCGGCCCGGAGCUGAAGUACGACGCUGCACUGCGAUUGGCCGCUCUGCAGAUGUACAUCAUCUCCAUGACGACCAGACAGAGUCAGAAGGUUUCUCUCAAAUAUAUCCAAAAGGAGUGGGGUCUGCCGCUGUUCCUGCCUCCAACUGUGCUGUCCAGCAUGAAGGAGAAAAACAUCAAGAAGGCUCUGACGCACAUCCUUAAAACCAACCAGAACCUUGUGCCUCCGGGGAAAAAACUGACUGCGUUGCAGGCCAAGGUGCAUUACCUGAGGUACAUCAGUGAGCUCAAACUGUAUGGAGGAAGAGAGUUCAAGUCAAUACUUUUGCAAGGUGAGAAACAGACUGAGGUGAUGCUGUUGGUGGGUCCUCGUUAUGGAAUCAGUCACRUCAUCAACGCCCGGACCAACCUCGUGGCCCUGUUGGCAGACUUCAGCCACGUCAACCGCAUCGAGAUCCUCACCGAGGACGAAACCAGAGUCCGGCUGGAGCUUCACGUUCUGGAUGUUCGACCCAUUACGCUGAUCAUGGAGGCAAGCGAUGCCAUGAACCUUGCUUGUCUAACAGCAGGCUACUAUCGCCUCCUAGUGGACUCACGGAGAUCUAUUUUUAAUGUGUCCCACUGCAACAGCACAGGAGAGGAUGAUGGUGGUCAGGAGCGUGUCCUGGAGUGGCCAUACAGCACCUCCUCGGAGAACAAUGAGGAGCYAGCGCAGUGUGAAAUAUACAACAGAGGCUACUCAGACAACGAGCAGAGGGAAAACAGCAUUAGUCCUUAUUUCCCUAAUUCCCAAAACAUGGAAAGUGACCUUGGGACAAGGAGAAGUCCAUUGCCCCCGCCACUUCCCCCCGCAACUCGACACAAAAUUCAAGAUUCGCCUCGGAGUGCCAAAGUGUCAUUCAUUUUUGGGGGGAACCCACCUCUGAACAGACCUAAGAACUAUGACAUAGUGCCAGAGAGCCCGGAGUCAUCGGAACCCUUCCAGUUCAACGACUUAACACAUGUCUACAGCAACAUCAUUACUGAGGAAGGCAGUGAGGAACCUCUGCUAAGAGAUCUGUUUUAUCGUGAUACACCUGACGACGCAGAGGAUGAUGAUGACGUGUCCUGUGAGGAAGACUCCACAGGGGGCACACCGGUAGGCGAUAAUGCCCAAAUUGGCGAUGCAGGCUGUGACAACCAAAGAGGCAAAGCUAGUUUCCUGACUCUAUCUGGUUCCACUGAUGACAUCAUCGACCUAACAUCACUGCCCCCUCCUGAAGGAGACGACAGCGUCGAUGAGGAUGAGGACGACACUUUGCUGCAGACUUUGAACCUAGCGAUUGCAGCUCCACCACCCGGCUUUCGGGACAGCUCAGACGAGGACACUGCUCCAGAAGGACGGCCUCUGAGCACAAGCGAUAACGACGAUAUACCGGUGUCAUUAAUCGAUGCUGUGCCAACACACGGGGAGGGAGAAGGGAGCGGAGGGGGUGAGAGGGGACUGGAGAAUGCCGUCAUGAAUACGCUACAAGCACUGGAGGAUCUUUCUGUGUCUGAACAAAGACCUCCCCCACCACCUCCCAACAGUAACAAUACAGGUGUUUACACAUCUCAAGGUUUCAGCCCAGAGUCAUCCUCAGAUUCUGGUAACGAGACCAACUCUUCAGAAAUGACCGAAAUCUGUGAACUCGCUGCUUCUCACAGGCUCAACGAAAGCCACAUGCGUUUAUUGGUGGCCACGAGGGAAGGAUAUCAACCACUACUUGAGGAGAAAACAGAAUUUCCGGUCUCACCCAAUGCGUGCAGCACAAUGAAUAAAAAAGCCCAUAGUCCAACACAACAUCUUCAGCCUCCAGCAGUACCUCCAAGGCGUAGCCCACAGUUAGACACCACACCGUCAGUGCAAGACAGAUUGGAGGUGAAGCCACAGACGAGUCUUUCACUUACUCUCCAGCGUCCAAGUUCUACCACGCUAGGACUCAAGCAUCAUAAAAAGUCUGCAGACUCCAGUGGCAAGUACAACACCUUCAGCACGAGGGAAGUACACCGAGGUGAGAGCAGUAGCAGGCAGAGCUAUCUUGACUUGAACCAGCAUUCAACGUUCUCUGAGCAAAAUGAAAACCAAAGAAGACAGAACUCUUUUGUGGCUGAAAAUGCGACAACUGAGAUCACAGGAGUAAACAGCCUCCCUCGUGAUCAUUGCAGAAAUGUACGCCCUUCUUCCAUCGUUUCAGACCGCUUCUUGGAUGUGGGCAACAUAGGGGACUGCGCAUUGGACAGUGGUGCUGCAGCUGUUGAGCAGGAUGAACAUUUAGUUGUGGCAUCGUUGCUGUCCCCUGCCAGAAAAUCUAGAUCAUCUGACCAGGGAUCUGAUAUACAAAGUGACCAUCAGACAAUUUCAAGACAACAGAGCGUUGCACGGUUGUGUGAGUACCAUUUAGCCAAAAGGAUCUCAAAUUUGCAAGGAGAAGCCCACAGUUCUCUGCAGGGCUCUCUGUGCUCAUCUCUGGAUGCGGGUGGUAGCACGAACAGUAGUGCGUGUGCCACACCAACUGACUCUCCCCUCGGUCCUGGUGCAGUGCAGUCAAAACACCCUCGAUUGCAAAAGCACCCACUUUCUAGCUCCUCUUCUUCACUACUCAGAGCACUAAACUAUGAGGAUAGCAAAUCUGGAAUCCCAGUUGGUUUCCCUGGCCAGAGCACUCAGGGCAAAGACMUCCAUCCACAUGCAGACCCUGCAUUACUUCGAAAAAUGCUGCCUAACAUUCACCCUCCUCUUGCUGGGGUGGAAUCAAACCGACCCUCCUCAGCUACCCCAUCUAAGCACAAAGAAAUGGCAGGCAUUGGAAAUAAGAAGCUACACAAUGACUUGCAUGCUAAACAACAGGCCUGCUUUAAGGGACUUAACCCAAAAGAAGGUAGCGAGGCCUACAGACAACUGAUUAACUAUUUAACAGUGAGCCAGAUGCAUCAGGGAGGAAAACUCCACAGUGCUGGAAUGGGAGGGGCAGUGAAAAAAGACACUAGACGCUUUAUCACCAGCAACCCUCAGCUUGUUGAAAUGGUUAAAAAUAGGGGAAACACAAUUGCUCGCUGUCAGUGUACGCCCUCAACUACAUCAUCUCCAUUCGUCAGCCCUAAUAUUGUAACUCCUCACUCAGCCACCCCGCAGGGGGCAUCUAAAAAUUCACAGUCAUACCACUCAGCCACACUUCCUGCUAAACUCAAGAGAAGUCCUGAUACGCAUGCUCAGAGGCAGARUGAGGGUUUAGAUUUCAGGAGAGUAACCUCUGAGAGGAGGAGCUCAUUUUCGGGUCUAGAAAAUGAACUUAGUGGAAGCGAUAUGGAUCCAGAGCACUUUCUGUCACUCUGUAGAAAACAGGACUGUAAUACCAGAGAUGGGGCAUUGAAUUCAACUCGAAACUUUGGAGGUACAAAUUAUAGGCCCCCACCGAGGUCCAGAAGCCAACCAAGUAGCAGCACAGAAGACUGGUUCAAAUCAGACCCAAGGUCAGUGCAUCAGUCUCAUCCCCGUCCCAAUGAUUCUCUUUGUAUCUCUGCUGCUCCCAGUUUGAGUGGCCAGCGUGUGGACCUCUGUGCCAUCUCACUAGGAAGGGGAGAUCACCCAUCAGCUUUUGUCAGGCAGUCAUCGAGUAGCACUAGAGCAAAUGUUUCAUCGCCAGUACCUAAUGCACAAUAUCCCCCUCCACCACCACCACCCCCACCACCUCCUCCACCUCCUUCGUCUCUCCCCACACAAGCAAACUCUAGCUCCAGCAACUCAGGAUGCCCGCAAGAUUCCCUUCAUUCCAGCCAGUUUAGGCAGAACCACAUUCAGUCUGUUACACCAACCCUGUUGCAAACAGAUCCCUUCAGCUGCAGCAUACAACGGGGCAGGGAGCUCAAACGCAGCUCAAGCAAUGUGACUGCCAGUUCUGGAAGUGUGGAAGUUCUGUUUGAUAAGCCCACACGCAGCCGGAGCCAGCAGCCCUUAUCAGCACCUAUGUCCCAACAGGGUGACACCAAAGUCCAACGGAGACCAGCGAGGAAACGUCUCUCCAAGAGCUACUCCCAAGGAUCUGUGUCUUCCCACACCACAUGCUGGUCCAGUGGCGUAGACAGUAGAAGGGCAUCUGUUGCCUUUCCAUUACAGAAAGACUCCAAACACAUGAAGGGCUCUCAAAAAUUGGACACUAGUCCCUGGAGAUGCAACGGGCCCUUUAGCUACUGUUUCUUUAAACGUAAGAGUGAAGGUGAAGAGGAUGAGAUUGAGUGGGAGAGACCCAGAGGAAUUCGUGGUGGGGUCAGUAUUGACAAUAAUGGUGCAGUCGCACCUUCUCUGUCCCCCUGUGGUUCAAUAAUGGAUGCUGCAGGAGAGCAACUGUAUGGAGAAGUCCUCAAUAACAUGAGCUUUAGCGACCGCCUGGCACGAAUCAAUGCUCUCAAGGACCGCAUGUAUGCCUUUCCUUCUGGCUUCAAUGAUGUCCGUCGUGACGCUAAUGAGCUCAUUGCACUGGUGAGAUCCAGCAUAGGCCGAUGUGAUCGGGGAAUCCAGAUGCCUAUCCAGGAUGUAUCUCAGUACAAGCAGCUCCUGUCUGUGGAGUCRAAAGAGUUAGGCCGGGCAUGCCGAAGAAUGGCACAGGCCCACAGUAGUCCAGAAGAAAUGCUGCUUGCUGUAACGUGUAGCUUUCAGGUGCUAUGCUGUUUGUGUGAAGCUUGCAUGUGUCUGGUUAGGGGACUUGGAGCCUCGGCCAUACACCAACAAAGAGACGUUGUAGCAAAGGUUGACGAAGUUGUUAUGAACUAUAUCUGUUUGCUGAAGGCUGCUGAAGCUGCCACCGUAGGAGCACCAGGGGAGCACAGUGUUAAGGCCCUGGUCCGCCACUCCAGUACAAUGUCAGCCAUUGCUAAYGCACUUACACGCUCACUUAAAACGCUGCUAAGCAAAUAGAGACACUUACUUAUGCUUUAUAGUAUGGCCUAUGCAGUCAAUAGAAGUCUGUCUUGCAGUUUCUAUGUGUUUCAUUGUCUAGGAGGUCUUUAUAUCCACAAAUGUAAGACUUAUUGCAGUUAAACUUAGCAUUAAAAUUAUAUAACAUUUUAGAGAUGAGUACAAUGCUGAACUAAAGUCGUAUGACUKGCUUUUUCUGAAGACUGAACUUGACAUUUAUUGCAACGUCUAUUUACAAAGCCAUAUUGUCCCAGAUCUUUAUGUAGCCAAUAGUUAAUAUACCCUUUUAUCCUGUGCAUUAUGUAACCUGUUCAGAGUGUGUAUAAUGUACAUAAACACAACUUAAUUA